UCUCGCCCAGCCUCCAUUCGCACCUCCGCCACGCCGCCCCAAAUCCCUAGCCGCCGCCAUGGUCGCCUUCAACCGCCCUCUCGUCUCCGUGAAGGCCCUGGAGGGCGACAUGGCCACGGACUCCGCCGGGCUUCAAUACCCCGCUGUUCUCAACGCGCCGAUCCGCCCCGACAUCGUGACCUUCGUCCACAAGCUGCUGUCCUGCAACAAGCGCCAGCCCUACGCCGUCUCCCGCCGCGCCGGCCACCAGACGUCGGCGGAGUCAUGGGGUACCGGGCGCGCGGUGUCCCGUAUUCCUCGCGUCCCCGGCGGCGGCACCCACCGCGCCGGCCAGGGAGCCUUCGGCAACAUGUGCCGCGGCGGGCGCAUGUUCGCGCCCACCAAAAUCUGGCGCAAGUGGCACCACCGCGUCAACGUCAACCUCCGCCGCGUCGCCGUCGCCUCCGCACUGGCGGCCACCGCCGUCCCGGCCCUCGUCAUGGCGCGCGGCCACCGCAUCGAGACCGUCCCCGAGCUCCCCCUCGUCAUCUCCGACUCGGCAGAGGCCAUCGAGAAGACCUCCCAGGCGCUCAAGAUCCUCAAGCAGAUCGGCGCCGACGCCGACGCCGAGAAGGCGAAGGACUCCGUCGCCAUCCGCCCCGGCAAGGGUAAGAUGCGCAACCGCCGCUACAUCAACCGCAAGGGCCCGCUCAUCGUCUACGGCACCGAGGGCUCCAAGAUCGUCAAGGCCUUCCGCAACCUCCCCGGUGUGGAUGUCGCCAACGUCGAGCGCCUCAACCUGCUCGACCUCGCCCCCGGUGGCCACCUCGGGCGCUUUGUGAUCUGGACCGAGAGCGCGUUCAAGAAGCUUGAGGAGGUGUAUGGAUCCUUUGACGCGCCUUCGCAGAAGAAGAAGGGCUUCGUGCUGCCGAGGCCCAAGAUGGCCAACGCUGACCUGGGCAGGAUCAUCAACUCUGACGAGGUGCAGUCUGUGGUGAAGCCACUCAACAAGGAAGUGAAGCGCAGGGAGAAGAGGAAGAACCCGCUCAAGAACAUGGCUGCCGUGCUCAAGCUCAACCCCUACGUCGGCACUGCCCGCAAGAUGGCCACCCUUGCUGAGGCUGCUCGCGUCAAGGCCAGGAAGGAGAAGCUUGACUCCAAGAGGACCAAGCUCAGCACGGAGGAGGCUGCCAAGGUCAAGGCUGCUGGAAAGGCCUGGUACAAGACCAUGAUCUCAGACAGCGACUACACCGAGUUUGAGAACUUCUCAAAGUGGCUCGGCGUGACACAAUAAUUGUGCAAUCUAGUUAUAAGUUUUGAGUAGUAGUGUCGCAGAAGGAUUACAAUUCUGUUUUAUCCUGCGUCAUCAUAAGUACCUGUGGGAUUGAGACUCCAGUCUGUCCGUUUUGUUAAUGUGUUGCCGUGGGAACAUAGAGUAUGAGCAGUUUUGAAUCGGUUGUCUGAAUUAUCGUGUGAUUCAAUUGCUUUGUGAUGGUAUGUGAUUUUGCUAUGUAUCUGUGGUGGAUGACAAACUGCUGUUACCCUGAA